AUGAUCUCGCAAGUCCCUUUCUCUUCUCUCCUCCUCGCCCUCAGCGGCACCACUACCGCCCUCCCCGGGGCAUACUGCCCUCCCAAACCCCAACCCGUCGUCCACAUACCUUCUGGUACCGCCAUCUACCGCACAAUCAACAGCACCUUCCCAAACAUUGAACUAUACCGCGGGAUCCCCUUCGCACUCCCGCCCAUCGGCGACCUCCGCUUCGCACCGCCCCAAAAAGCCUACCACCACGACUACAUCAACGCAACCGCGGAGUCACCCUCCUGCCCCCAACUUCAGCGAGGACUGCCUGAGUCUGAGCGUGUAAAAUCGGCCGGAUUGAAGCAUGGAGAGAAGUUGCCGGUACUGCUUUUCAUCUUUGGCGGAGGGUUCAGCGUUGAGGGGAUCAAGGUGCCAGCUACAAAUCCGGCGCCGCUGAUCGAGAGGUUGAAGAAUCUGGCUGUGGUGAAGUUUAACUAUGUGAGCCAUCGCCUUCCCUUCCCCCCAUAUUUUACGUCGCUACCCAGGAAAUUCUCAUCUGUCCGGUCAUUUUCAACUUUUACGAAGUUUCCUGCUAACCACCCACUCCCCACUCAGCGCAUGGACAUCUUCGACUUCCCCAACACUCCCGCCCUCGCGCGUCAGAACCUCGGCCUCUUCGACCAAUGCCUAGCCGUCGAAUGGGUCCGCGACAACAUCACCUCCUUCGGCGGGGACGCCGAGCGCAUCACGCUCUUAGGUCAUUCCGCUGGGUCCGAGAGCGCAGACUACAUGCCUUUCGCAUACCCCGAGGAUCCAAUCGCCAAAGGUCUCAUCCUGAGCUCCGGCACUGCACUCACUCCGUCCGGAUCAGUCGACUACAGCGGCUCCAACUUCACCCAUGUCGCUAGUCAGUGCGGAUGUACAGACACUAGACCCGCGGAGCUGCUCAGCUGUAUGCGGAAACUGUUGCCGGACAACAUUACUUAUUUUUCCAAAUACACUGUGCGUGGAUUGGCUGGAAAGUUCGCGAAUCUCCCCGCCAUCGUCGGCACCAACCGAAACGAAGGCGAAUCCCUCACAGACUACUCCACCACCGCCGCCGCCCACAACCAGACAGAAGCCGAACUGACCACCCUCGGCGGCAUCGUGUGUCCAUCUCACGACAUGGCCAAAAUCCGCCCACACGUCGGCUACGACACCUUCCGCUUCGAAUACGCCGGUAACUUCACCAACAUGUCCCCCUGCCGUGGAUGGGUGCAUAUCAUCAAGGUAAGCCGUUUCCCCAAAUCGCAGCGUCCCCAUCCAUUCCUCCAACCACGCUCGGCUGAUCCCACCAUCCCAGCCAGCUUGGCAAUUUACUUCAAUACCUACGGCGCAUUCCCCGGGGCCUCGACGCCACUCGAAAUCGCCAUCGCCAAUCGCAUGCAGGAUCUCUUACUCGCUUUCAUCAGCGACCCGACGAAUGCUGGCACAAACCUCCCGAAGCUCGGGUGGCCGCUCAACAACUCGGUUGCUGAAAAGGUCUUGCUGUUUGGUACGGGUGGGCUGGUAACGCAGGUGGAGAAGGGGGCGAAGUACCAGAGUAUUUGCAGCAAGAUGGAUUAUCAGACUGGGACGGAGGACGCGAACACGGGCGUGGCGUAG